GCGAACUCUUGCGCAACAGGCCGCUGGUCGGUCCCCUCACAGCCCACCUCUCGUACACAGCAAGAUGUUGCAGCUAAGGAAAUUUUCUGUGCUCCUCGGAAUGCUGACAUAUCUGUUGCAAGUGCAAGGCGCCAGCAAAUACUACACAGACGAAAAUAGACCUUAUGAGUUCGGCUUUAACAUCGAGGGAGAACAACACAGACAUGAAAAGAAAGAUGAGAAUGGGUUGAUCAUGGGGGAAUUUGGUUUCAUCACUGCCGACGACGUGUACCACGUCACCGUUUACGCCACAGACGAAAACGGAAACUUCAAAAUCUUGUCCAUGAAAAACAUCCGUCUAAAGCCCGUUGGACAAAAAAAGGCAAAGGAACUCGCUUUACCGACGGCCUCGAAGAAAUCAGACACAGCAAAACCAGGGCCAAGCGAGCCAGCGAGAGCCUGCUCUCAUUGUAGCCUCCCUACCACAAAACCGCCACCAGUGUUGACAAACAAACCUAUUGUAUCACAAGGCAAUCCUCAAUAUAAUAGUAAUUACCCACAAAACCCCGAAAAUUACCCACAGAACCCCGGAAAGUACCCACAGAACUCUGAAAAAUACCCACAAAAUCCCGAAGACUACCCACAGAACAACGGAAACUACCCACAGAACAACGCAAACUACCCACAAAACCCCGGAAAUUACCCUCAAAACCCCGGAAACUACCCACAGAACAACGGAAACUACCCACAGAACAACGAAAAGUACCCACAGGACAACGCAGACUACCCACAGAAACCUGGAAACUACCCACAAAACCCUGGAAACUACCCCCAGAACCCCGGAAGCAAUCCACAAGGCCACUCACAGUACCCUGAACAGAGUCUACAGCCAGGAGGAAGAAAUCCUAAGCAAUAUGACGUACGUUCACAAUAUGACAACGCUCCUGAGAAACCAGUCCUAGUCUCCGCCCGAAUGCAAAUUGUUGAUCCUAACACUGAUAUUUAUCGCAGAGGCCCUGGCGAGAGGGAAGGACUUCCUCCGGGUGUAACCAAGGGUGAAAUGGCAGCAUUGCUGUACACUUUUAACUACACAGUGGGAUUCCAUGGUCACCACGAGGAGGGGUACACUAAUGGUGCAAAGAAGGGAUACUAUUACGUCACUGGUAGAAAUGGUGUUAGAACCAGGGUUGAUUAUGAAGCAGACGAGAAUGGAUUCCGACCCAAAAUCACUCAAGAAGUUCUUGAUCUGGUAUCUGAAGAAGUACCUAAAGAAGAAACAGAGAAAGAUGCAAAAUACGGCCUUAAAGGCUAUGAAUUCAAAUGGCUGUAUUACCCAGUUGAUUCUAAGAGGCGAUAAAUUAAGCAUUGGUUACGUUAGAUUUGUAAGCUAGUUUAAAAUUUAUUCUUAUUUAAUUCGUAUUGAUGGCUAAGAAAGUAUUACAAUUUUUACUCCUUUACUCAUUAAAUUGUAUAUAAUAUUAAAAAAAUCACACUGCCUUCCAUUGGUUUACACCUGUACAUAAGUAC